AUGAGCCAGUUCCUCGACACGUUUAGCGCAACCAACAGCCCCAAGCGCCACAACGGCGGCAACUUGUCAUAUGACGACCCGCCGCCCUUCCCCAAGAGCGUGAGCUUACUGCGACAAGUGCCAUUCAAGAUUCUCAUUCCGGAGAACACGCCCCUGUCGUGCGAAAAGAGCAGCUUAGACGCACUCUUUCCAGGCGGUCUGACCCCCAAACACGACCCUCGAGUCGAAGGCAGCAGCAGCGCAAAACCAAACGUCGACAGCUUCUUUCCCACGUCGACUGGCCACACUCCGAAGUCCCAGCUACAUGGCCACAACCAACAACGAAACCAAAUUCCAGCUAGCAACCAGUCACCGUCUACGAGCCCGCGAUCCACAUCUUCGAGCGAUAGCGCUGGACCCCACGAUGCAUCGCAAGUGUGUGACUUCGACGACUUGAGUGACGAUGGUUUGGACUUUCUCACGCCACCCCCCGACCUGCACGGGGUGUCCUCGGUCGACACCGUCAACAACAAUUUCAAUGCUGCGAUGUGUACACCAACGCCGAUCCAGGAAAUGUUCGGAUUGGAUGCAACCGUCGGCAUGAUAGGGUACCCUCGCCCGAUGUUGGUGCACCAUGCUCAUCCAGCACCUUCCCACAACAUGACAGCUCAGCAGCAGAUGCAGCGCUACGGGCAGCACCAGCAUGCGUCAGGAGCGUCAACGGGCGUGUAUUCCCCACUGUUUGACCCGGCUGCGAUUGCAGCCUCGUUGAUGGGACCAGGCGACAGAGCCGGGUUCGUGCAUUCGGGCAGCUGGUGCGAGAAGGAAGAUAAGUUGUUGCGCAAGUCAGUCAAGAACUUGGGGACGAAAAAUUGGAAGCAGGUCGCGAUGGUGCUCGGCACGGGCAAGACAGACAUGCAGUGCUUGCACCGGUGGAACAAGGUGCUCAAGCCUGGUUUGCUCAAAGGCGCGUGGAGCGCCGAGGAAGACGACGUGCUUCGGACCCUCAUGACCAAGUAUGGCGUCGGCAACAUUCGAUGGGCCGACGUGGCCAACCACAUUCAAGGCCGCACCGGCAAACAGUGCCGCGAGCGAUGGCGCAACUGCCUCAGCCCGGACAUCAACAAAGGCGAAUGGACCAAUGUCGAGGACGAAGUCAUGUUUCGAGCGCAGCAGCGUAUGGGCAACCGAUGGAGUGAGAUCGCCAAGCUCCUGCCCGGCCGGACUGAAAACGCAAUCAAGAAUCGGUGGAACUCGAGCGCACGAAAAAACUGGUUCUCCAAGCAGAGCGGUCCGUCCAUCGCAACAAACCAACAACACGACGACAGCGUCGGUGACGACGCCAUCGAAGUCAAGUCGGAGAGCGCCAUGAGCCACUUCAAGAUGGCCGACAUGGCAAACGCCGUGGAGCUCAGCCGACUUCGGUCGCGGAGCUACUCGGAAGACAGCACGUUGUCUGAAAGCUGUAUCGGAAGCAGCGUCGACGACCUCGACCUGCUAGAUGACGACGAGUUUGGCGACUCGUUUCUCGACCAGCUGAGUCCGUCCAAAGGUUUGCUCGACGACGACUUGAGUUUGCUCCUGGACACGGUCGCCAAGGACUUUGACACCACGACAGCAUGA